CCAGAAGUAACCACUUAAUUUGAAAGUAUAAUGAAUUUUCUCUUUAGCUGCCAUAGAACUGUGUGGUUUUACCCUUUGUCAGGUGACAGCAUCUCCUUAGUCAAAGCAGAGUCUUAGAAAAUGAGGGAAUGGGCUGUUGGGUACUUCAGCAGAGCAUUGCUCUUACAUCCUAUGUCCAAACCAGAGCACCAGCUGCGCUCUACAUUCCAAAAAGUUUGAGCAAAUAAACUGACAAGUAUCUAACACUACAAGAUGGGAAUUGGAAUUAGUUCAGAGAGCAAGGAGUCAGCCAAAAGAUCUAAAGAGUUGGAGAAAAAGCUUCAGGAAGAUGCUGAGCGAGAUGCAAGAACUGUAAAGUUGCUGUUGUUAGGAGCAGGAGAAUCUGGAAAAAGUACCAUUGUGAAACAAAUGAAGAUCAUCCAUAAGAACGGUUACAGUGAGCAAGAAUGCAUGGAGUUCAAAGCAGUAGUUUACAGUAAUACAUUGCAAUCCAUCCUAGCUAUUGUGAAAGCCAUGGCAACCCUGGAGAUUGAUUAUGUAAAUCCUAGAAGUGCAGAAGACCAACGACAGCUUUGUGCGAUGGCAAAUAGCCUGGAAGAUGGCAGCAUGACACCGGAACUGGCUGAGGUAAUAAAACGACUGUGGAGAGAUCCAGGAGUUCAGGCCUGCUUUGAAAGGGCAUCUGAAUAUCAGCUCAAUGACUCAGCAGCAUACUACCUUAAUGAUUUGGACAGAAUAGCAGCGCCUGGCUAUGUCCCGAAUGAACAAGAUGUUCUACAUUCUCGAGUGAAAACAACUGGAAUCAUUGAAACUCAAUUCUCCUUUAAAGACUUGCAUUUCAGAAUGUUUGAUGUAGGUGGACAGAGAUCUGAAAGAAAGAAAUGGAUUCACUGCUUUGAAGGAGUUACAUGCAUUAUAUUUUGUGCUGCACUCAGUGCCUAUGACAUGGUUCUGGUGGAAGAUGAAGAAGUGAACAGAAUGCAUGAAAGCCUUCACCUAUUCAACAGUAUCUGUAAUCACAAGUACUUUGCAACCACCUCCAUUGUCCUGUUUCUCAAUAAAAAAGAUCUCUUUCAAGAAAAAGUUACCAAAGUGCAUCUUAGUAUCUGCUUUCCAGAGUAUACUGGUCCAAAUACAUUUGAAGAUGCAGGGAAUUACAUCAAGAACCAGUUUCUAGACCUGAAUUUAAAAAAAGAAGAUAAGGAAAUUUAUUCCCACAUGACCUGUGCCACAGAUACUCAAAAUGUCAAGUUCGUGUUUGAUGCAGUUACAGAUAUAAUAAUCAAAGAGAAUCUGAAAGACUGUGGGCUUUUCUAAUUGAUGCUUUUUUUCUUCCAGUCUUGCUCAUGUAUACUUUUCAAGAUAUAAAAGGUCCUGUGUGAUGUAUUCAGUUUUAAUAGAUACUAACUUGUAUAACUAGUGUUGUAAGGCAAAAUUUUUCACACAAACAUUUUAAUGUAUUGUCACCUUUCUUUGGUAAGCUUUGAUUUAUUUGAAUUAGCAAGGAUUGGGGUGUCUGAUGCCUUCAGUUCUGAAAACUGAUACAUUUUGGUAGUGCUUUUACUGUACAUAUCAGUGACACUGAAUUUUCUUGGAAAUAAAUUCUGCAUUGUGGCCUAUUUUAAAAUCAUAGAACGAUGGGGGAAAAAAACAAUGUAUUCUAUAUUAUUUCCAUUGGCCAGAAUUUGAGAGGCAUUCAUUUUUGCUGAUAAUAUAUCUGUGCUUAUACCAUAGAAACAUUCAAAGAUGAUACAUGUGGCAUUUUAUUGGUCAAUUACUCCUUUUCAACCAGUGCAAAUGAAAUGUUCACUAUACAUGUGCCUGUUGAUGGAAAUUACACAUGCCAAAGAAAUGCAUACAAUUUUAUUUGCUACUUUUCCAUAGGAAGAAAAAAGUAUUAAUGCUGAAUUUACCUGUAGAAUUGAGGAUUUCAAUAAUGUAUUUUUGUACCAAUCCAACUGAAAACUGGGGACCAUGUGUGAUCAAGACAGUGUAAGACUGCUCAGGCUGAAGAGUCAACCUCAGUGGAGUACUCCUUUCCCCCAUUUUAUUUCGGAGCAGCGUGGAACAUUAUUACAAUUAAUGGUUUGAGGACAAUACAUCAUGACCACAAGAGAAAAAAAAUAAUUAAAUAUCUUAGCACUAGUGUGUUUUAGCUUUGUGAAUAAGAAGUAGGAAGUAAGAGUAAAUAAUUAGGAGAUUUUUUUAGAAGAGAAACAUUGAGCUUCUUGUUUGUAGCAUAUGCUCCUUUCUAAUGUUAUAUGGUAUGCUAGUGGUCAAAGCCUACUCUUUAAAAGAUUAUUUGGUGCAUUACCAACACAAUCAUUAUUUAUGAACAGAAAAGAUGACUUUUUUUCCUUUUUUAAAGUGUGCAUCACUUACAACAUGUAUUUUUAAAACAUGUCUGAUAUCAUUUAACUUAUCCACUUGUCGAAGAUGAUAUAUAGGUCAGAACAGGAGAUCAGUGCAUAAGAUCUAUAAUUACUCUGAAAAGAGAGCUAAUUAGAUUAGAUAAUUAGAUGAGAUGAAAGGAAUAUAAAUUAAGCAAUUUGCCAAUCGGUAGCUCUGGUGGAUUUAGGGAGCCCUGUCUCAGUGUCACUGCUUCACUGUUCUGUAAUACAUUUCCAACCUAAGCACGUAAGAAUGAUCCCAUUCAGUGAGUAACCUUGACAAGAGCAUUUCUGGCUUUAUUUUCAAAAACACAAGGAGUUAUCAAUAAAUACGAUCGAAUAAAAAUGUUAGAUUAAGAAUAAUUAAUUUGAAAUUUCUUUGCAAAAUACAAGUUAUUAAGGAGCCUAAGAUAACAAAGACAAACAAUGCACAAGAAAUCAUUUAGUUCAGGCACUCAAUACACUUUUCUGGCUGAAAACCAUUAUCUAUUACACAAGUCCACAUUUUACUAGGAGCUAUAUAAUGCUUUGAGAUUUUAAAUUAAGAUUACAAAUACUAACAUUUUAUCCAUUACUUUGUCUUUUUGUUCUCCUAUUCUACUUUAAUCUAUUUUUCUCUAUCAGUGUGAAGAGAAUGUUCCAGAAAGUAAUUUUUUGAAAUAGUAUUACUAUUAUAAUUUAUAUUUUGACUCUGAUUUAUGCUUAGAGUUCCUAUUUUAGAUAACAUAGGUAGAAAGGGUAAGGUCAGAAAUGGUCUUUUAAAAAUAUAUAACUCAUUUUGAUCUUAGCAAAAAAUUAAUAGACAUCAUUUAUUUAUGAAAUCUUGUUCUGAGAACUUUAAAAAUAUAUGUUAAACUACCAAACUAAAAUUAGAGGUCAGUUGGGAUUAUCUUUUUAAAAACUGUUCGAUUCCUUCCAAUUCUAUAAUUAAAUUAAAAAAAAAACUUUUCUUCACAAUCAAAAACAAUUACUAUGCUAAACUAUUUUAAUUAAGAGAAAUUUUUAGUAGGGAAAUAUAAAUGUUUGUAUUAUUUCUUCAAUGAUUGUACACAUUAAAACUGAAUCUAUUUAUGAUUUUACUUUUUAAGUUUUUCAAUUAAAAACGGUUGGAGUGGAUACAAAGAAUUUGAGAUUAAACAAAGUAACAGAAUGGAAAACAUAGGAAGUUAUACUUCAGCUAGAAGAAACUCACCUUGAGACUAGAAAUGUUACAACUGAUUAGACUCAAAACUUUUAUUUCAACUGAAAAUUCAAUCUUUUAACUGUAUAGUUAGUGUUUUUGCUUUCAUAGUAUCUCAAACAAGUAGUAUUUGUCAUUCAAAAAUUCAAAAGUGAUUAUAAUGAUAUUUUCCUUUUCUGUUAUUUGAGGCUUUUCUUCCUGACUCAGAAUGUUUUAUAACCCUCUUGUCUUAGAUUUUUAAUACCCCCAACUCAUAACUGUCUAACAUAUGUCCAAUUGUAGACACACUGCGCUGCCUCAGAAAUCUGGUGUGGGCUUACAUCUAACAGGGUCACUAAUAACCAGUUCUUGCAGAGUUCUUCCAGAAGCAUGAGCUGAGCAACAAAUAAGCUUUUGCCUCUUGGAACUAGUGACUGGAGAGUUAAAUGAAGACGAGUAUUAAUUGGGUAAUAUCUUUGUGUCAAAAUACAAAAGUUGGCAACUUUAUUAAGAAGGUCUAUGGAAAGGGGGUUUCAAAUUCUGUGGAAUCUACAACAUAACUUAUAGAUAUCCAAUAUCCUACUGAUUAACAUUUAUAAACAAUUAACAAUUUUCAUGUAUAUCACAAAAAUAGGCUCACUACUUUUAUAGGCCGUGAGCCUGUCCUAAUACACAUUUUCUUACUCAAUCCAAUAUCCUAUUUUAAACACAAAAGGCAUUUUUAAAUACUUGACAGAGAAUUACUCAGGUUUAACAUAAUCAAACACUAUGUAUACAAGGGAAAAAAAUAUUUUCUGUUGUCUUAAUAUGGUUUCACAGUGCUACACCACAUGUAGAAAGGUUGAUUAAUGUGUAUCUACUAAAAACAAAAUAGUCGUAAAAACUAUAGGAGAAUUAUACAUUCUCUAACUUGGAAUAACUUUAAAAAUAGGAGAGAUAACAAUCUGCCUAAGUGGAGGGUUAUAACCAUCACUCCUCUGCCUAAGGUGGAGCCAGGAUUUACUGGAGAAUAUAACCAGCUAAGGCCCUCAUUCAAAACAUUUAGGUAUUUUUCUAUAUUUUUACAAACUAGCCUAUAGCCACUUGGGGGCACACUUAUAUCAUGUGUUUUUCUACUCAAAUGUUGCAAACAUAAUGAAUUUGGAUUAUUGGUAACGUUAAUGACACAGAUAAUAAAAUCCUAUUAGGAAUCACGGAUCAUUUUGUGUUUCCAGCUCAGUAGUACAUGAUAAUUUUCUGAUAAUCAUAAUAUGCACGAUCUUAGUCAAAUUUUUGAGUAUUGGCUAUUAAAACAGCUUGAAAUUUGUUUGAUAUUAUACAGAUACUUAGUUUCUUUGCAUGCUUUUAUUUUCUGCAAUUUUCAAACUAUUAUUAAAUCUAAGUAACCAUUAAUUUUGCAAAGUGUAUUUUCCCAUUAAUUUGAAUUGUUUCUAAAAUCUUGAUUAGCUUAGAGUGAAAGAAUAAUUUGAAGCCUAACAAUUAUGUUUUGUGAAUAGUUAUUAAUUAGAUGCUUAUUAGUGUGUUACCUUUUCAAUAAAUCAAAGUAAAAUUCCACUCUUCUAAUAAUAUUAGCCAUUCCAUUUUUCUUUUUAUCGCAACUUUUUCUGUAACCACCACUGCACUAAAUCAAGAGGAAAAUGAGUGCUCUGUGACAUUUUUCUAUUAACACCACUGCCACUACCAGCACAGUUUUCACUAGUAAUAGUACAAUUGUUAUUUUAAACCACCUUUGUCACACUAAUUAAGAAACAAAUAGAGUCACAAGAAGGAAAAAAGAAAGAAAAAGACCCUAAUUUACUUCACAAGGACAGUAAUAAUCCUCUAAUUAUUAUACCUUUCAGGUAAAGAAUAAUAUAUGCGACACACAAAUAUAGUGAUUGUUUGAAAGACAUUCACAUUUUCUAAAUUGGUCAGAUUAAAACAAACAGCACACAUAUGGAAUGGAAAAUCUUUUUUCCAAUGCAUAUUGCUGUGAGUUUCCUGAAAAACAAAAGUGGUCAAAUAUGAAAUGCCAGUAUAAUAUCAAAACCAAUGCAAACUGUCUUUUAACAUAUUAAAAAUCUUACAUUGGAGAAAAUACUAGAUGACUGUACAUAUAGUUAGCAUAUGAAAGUUCAACACGAA